AUGGUUCUUGAUUAUGCAAAAGGUGGAAAUUUUGAUCAUUGGGUAUAUAAAAAUUAUAGAAAUUUUAAUUGGUCAUAUAAAUUAACAACAUUAUGGAAUAUUAUUAAAGGUCUUGAAGAAAUUCAUCAAAAACAACUGGUUCAUAAUGAUUUUCAUACAGGAAAUAUAUUAUUAAAUGUUUUAUAUGUUAAUAAUUUAAAUGAUAAUAGUAUAUAUGUUUCAGAUAUGGGAUUAUGUGGAAAAGCUGAUGAUGUUAACCAAAAUAAUAUUUAUGGAGUUAUGCCUUAUGUAGCUCCUGAAGUGUUAAAAGGAAAACCUUACACUCAAGCAGCAGAUAUAUAUAGUUUUGGUAUGAUUAUGUAUUUUGUAGGAACUGGAAAACAGCCUUUUUCUGAUUGUGCUCAUGAUAAGAUUUUAGCAUUAAAGAUAUGCAAUGGAAUUAGACCUGAAAUAAAUGAGUCAGAAGCGCCAAAAUGUUUUAUUGAUUUAAUGAAAAAAUGUUGGGAUUCAAAUCCAGGCAAUAGACCAAAAAUAACCGAAAUUCUUGAAUUAAUUGAUCUAUAUUUCUGUUCAUAUAAGAUAUCAUUUCAAGGGUCAUUGAGAUGGUUACAUGGUGUAUCUUAA